CAUGAUUUGAUGGAGUACGCGUAUGACAGCCUUGCGAAUGUAUGCGUUUGCACGCAUGGCACUAUUGCCUCGGAGCUCAGCCACACCGCAUCUCUUUUCUCUCUCGUACGCGUCUAUCAAAGAUCGCGUCUUCUCCCUCACAAUGUAUCUAAGUCUGAUAAGAAACAUUACAUCCCUCCAAAGCUCAAGCAUACACCCUCACGGCAACGAUGAAACGCUCUCCCUGCCCCACCAUCCUCGUCAUAGGCCCCAGCCUCGUCUCAGCCUCAACCUUCGCUACCAACUGCACGAUCCCGUCCUUGACCACGACCAUCGUAACAGCACCUAACUCUCGAGGAACGCUGCAGAUACUGUGGAGCAGCUUAUUCACGAUCUUCAUAUGCAUCUGGACUGUGCAGCAUCUCAACGUCCCCGGACAGCGCGAUGGCAGAGAUAAGAAUUGGAGAGGAGAUCUGAAAUGGGCGUGGAAGAGAUUCUGGACGAAGUUUAAAUGGAUGCUGUUCUCGUUGAUCUUCCCGGAGUUUCUGCUCGCGAAAGCGGUCGCGGAUUGGAUGGCUGCGAAGAAUACUUUGAAGAUUGAAAGAGCCUACGAAGACCCUUUGGAAUGGACACUGGCACAUGCUUUCUAUAUCAAUAUGGGCGGUUUUGUGACUCGAUCGGCACUGCGGAGAAAUGACCUACAAGGCUCCAAGCUGUUGCAUCUGGAUAUUACACAUGUCGAAAUCUUCAGGUUGUUAAGUUAUAUAAAGAAAUUGCCGAUCACAAAAGAGGAGGUAGAGGAUAAGAGCAAGGCCGAUUCCCUUGUCAAAGCUUCAGCAAUCGCGCAAGUCGCUUGGAUGGUGAUACAAGUGGCUGCUCGAACUAUUGAAGGUCUGCCGGUCACUCAGAUGGAAAUAACUGCGUGCUCGUUCGCGGCCUGCUGCUUCAUCACCUAUAUGUUUUGGUGGAAUAAACCAAAGAACAUAAAUGAGGCAACCGAUCUCGGACUAAAUUGGGUAGAAAUAAGUGAGAGGCGCACAUCCAGCAUAGUGAGUAUGAGGAUUCUACAAAUAAUGCUCAUGUACGAAUGGUCAUCGAUGGCCCAUAUAAACAUGAGUUUGUACGAUCAACCGCCGAGGAACGACUCGCUACUCCGUACACAAAGGGAUGAACAUAGAACCCAGUUCUACUUUAGUCAAGGGCUCAUGUUUGGAGGCAUAGUGCUAGGAGCUACCCAGUGUGCCGCAUGGAAGCUUGAUUUUCCUACCAAGGUCGAUCGCGACAUCUGGCGGUUUGCAAGCAUUGCCAGCGCGUCUGUUGUGAUACUCUUUUAUGCGCUCAGUCUUCAGGAGAUCAAUUCAAGAUGGCCCGAUGCGGUGGAUAGAAAUCUCUCCAAACGUAAAUCGCCGAUAUUUGUGGUCUUGUCGUUAUUAUGCGGGUUGAUAUAUACAGUUUGCAGGAUGUUCAUUCUGUUCGAAUCUGUCUACUCGUUAUUUCAUCUUUCGCCAGAGGCUUUCAAGACAACUUGGUCGACGAACCUCCCUCAUGUAAAUUAGCAAUGGUGCAGAGUAGAGGAAACAAAAAUAGCUGAGAUGGUUUCGUCACCCAAGACAAGAAGAACAAAUCAUGUACAGCAAUCCGAAACAAGGCUGUCAGCCAAACGAUCACAUGGUAAGCAAAGUUGAGUUAAGCUUGCUUGCUAGUUCCGAGGCACUGAACCACCGCAACAUUAUGAUCCUAGAUCCUAGUAUGAAGCUCCAUAUCAAUUCGCUUCCAACCAGGUCUCAGUUCCACAGCAGCUCACAACUGGUAAGCCCUGCGACAUGCAACAAAGAUCCUCAAAAUCCUCCAGGAGUUGACAUAGCCCACGUGAUGACGUGGACAUGAGGCUCUAAGGUAGAACAGAAGCAGACGCGUAAUACAAAAGAAGAGAUAGC